AUGUCUGAUAGAGAAGCAUUAAAGAUAUUUGCAAGACAACCAGUCAAUUCGGAUAUGAUUAAUUUCCUUGUAUCCACUACAAACUCAAUAAUACAAGUUAAACCUCAACAAUCACAACCACAACCACAACCACAACCGCAACAGCAGUUGCCAUCACCAGCAUCAUAUUCAUCCCUGCUGCUGUUAAACUCCAGUACCGAGAUUUUAUCCAUCAAUCCACCAAUCACUUUGACUCAGUUUAUCAAAAACUUGAUUAAAUAUUCCAAUGUUCAAACACCAACACUAAUGGCAACCCUCGUCUAUUUAAACAAAUUACGCAACUACUUACCCGCAAAUGCAGUGGGGAUGGAAACUACUAGACAUCGAAUUUUUUUAUCAGCACUAAUUGUUGCUGCUAAAUCAUUAAAUGAUAGUUCACCUUUGAAUAAACAUUGGACAAAAUAUACUGAUGGUUUAUUGACUUUACAAGAAGUUAACUUGGCUGAACGUGAAUUGAUUUCGAUUUUGAAUUGGAAUAUCAAUAUUACUCAAGAAGAAUUGAUUUAUACAUUACAACCAUUUUUGAUUGGUAUCAAGUCUUGCUUAUUACAACAACAAGAAAUUGAAUCUAUGCAAAGAAUUAAAUACUAUAGAUUGACACAACAAAAGAAAUCAACCAAUUCAAUAGUGUCAAUGGGCUCAAGGUUUUCUUCAAGAAGCUCUACCCCAGUGGUUACUUCUUCAUCUUCACUUUCAUCGUCAUUAUCAUCAACAUCUUCGAAUUACUCACUACAUUCUAACAACAACAUCAACAGUGGUGGAAGUGGAACUGUGUCUACAUCAUCAUCAAUUGCAUCCAAUUUAUCACAAUAUGACUCCAACAAUGUCUUGUCACAUCAAUACACUAAACCCCAAUCUCACAAAUUACCAUUAUCAUCAACUUCACAAAACAAUCUAAACACCCUUAAACCAUCAACUCAAGUACUACAACAGCAACUUCAUUCACAACAAAUUCCAAUUUCCAAAUCUGCCAAAUUUGGUGGUGGCGAAAAGGAUAAGAAUCAAUACUUGGCGCCCAUCAUCAAAAAGAAAAGAUCAAUGAUGAGUUUAUUGACCUCUUCAGGUAAAGUUGUAGCUUGA